AUGUCAGCGCGAGAAAUUCAUUCCAUUGAAUUCACCGAUGCAAAACGUGAUGCACUUGUUUACAUAUCUGAUUUACCAUCACAUAUUGAUGAUGAUGUUCAACUAGCAAGAUUAGUUCGCAAUCGGCUUGAAAACUUUCUUCUAAUUACACCAAUUAGUAUAGUAUGUUAUUCAAAAUUAGGUGCUGGCUUAAUGCGCGUCCGUGACAAUCAAAUAAAAGCUCGUUUGAUUCAAGAUAUUAAAAAAAUAGUAUUGAAUCCACCGAUAGAUGCAUCUAUGGUUUCAUUCAAUGCUACAAUUCAACUUGUUUCAUUCGUUGUGAUUGAAAACACAAACGAAAAUAGAAAGAUUUCAUUUCCAAAACCUGAAGAAAUUCUUAUUCGAUGGAUCAAAAUAUAUAAAGAAAGCAAACCAUACUCAUGUGAUCUAGUUAAUAUUCAAUUUCCGAACAUAUAUCGUGUGAUUUCGCUUUCAUUCGAUGAUUUAUCUGGUACUCUAUCGAAGACAGAUUUUUCGAUUAACGAUCUAGUUGCACAUGUGUACGUUGGUGCUGACUGUAGCUAUUUUGAAAAUCUACCGAAAUCUAUGACUAGAGAGCAUUUACAGGAAGCUAUAUGCAAGUCAAUUGGUGUGGAAAAUCGAUCAUUGGUUUAUAUUGAAGUAAACAAACAAACGAAAAAUGCUUGUAUCCUUGCUAGUGAUCAGGCUCGAAAAUGGUCUGCCAAAAGUUUUCUCUAUCUUAACGGUAAACCAAUAUCAAGAAAAGAAUAUUUAAUUUGUCGUCUAUUAGUGCAUCCGAUAUCUAAAAUCUACAAUAAUGAUGAAAUUUUAAACCACACAAUGUUUCGUGGAAAAGCAAAACUUAUUGAACAACAAGGGGAAAAUCUUGUUCUUGAAAUCUUAGAUAAGGAAAUUUUUGAGAAUUGUUUGACGCUUAGUAUUCUUAGUAUUGAAAACAAGCCAGAAUUGAAAAUGGAAAUUUAUGUACCAUUUACUAAUCGAGAAGAUUGUGAAAUCAAUAUUAAAACAUGGUAUCGAUAUGAAAUGACUCGUUAUAAACCGGAUAUAAUGCAAUUUAUUGCUGAUCUUAAUCAUUCGAUUUUUCGUUACAAAUGGAAUGCCGAUGCAUGGCUACAAGAAUAUCAAAAUCGUACUGAACAUCUUCAUCUAGAACAUAAAUCAAGUUUAUUAUCGGAUCAAAGUCGUCGUUUACUUCAAAUGACUGUUAUGUUAAAUACAAUUGGAACUAUACUCAAAAAAUCUUAUCUUAUUAAUAAUAAACAAGUGGCAUUAAAUUUAGAUCCAAAAUUAAAAACAAUUGUUUAUAAUCAUGAAUCAUUGUUAGAAUAUGGUUCAGCAGCAAAACUCACAGUGACUCCUUAUAAAGAAACAAAUGUUGAAGUAGUCAAUGAAGAUUGUGUUAUUCUUUAUGAAAACUGUUGCAAAAGAUACAAAAAACCACUUCUAUUAAAUAUGGCCGAUGCUAUAAUUCCUGGUGGUGGCUAUAGAACGGGUGAUGGAACACAAGAAGGUAAUCUUUUUCAACGAUCAGAUUAUUUUCGAAGCCUUGACGUUGGUCUUGAUCAUAUUCAAGAAAAACAACCAGAAAGAUUUUAUUGUUCACACGAUGGACAAAUUCUUUCACUUUCAGAUCAUACAAAAAUGUAUCCUAUCGAUGAAUAUGGAGCUAUUUAUACGUCGGGUUUAACAUUUUUUCGAAAAUCAUCAAACAAUGGUUAUCAGUAUAUGGAUAAACCAUUAAAGAAUGUUUAUGUACUAGGCAUGCCCGCAUAUAGUAGUCCAAAGUUGGAUGGAAACUUUCUAUCACCUAAAUAUGCUGUUGGACUAAGGAAAAAAAUUGAAAAUAUUUUUUCUAUUGCUUAUUAUCAUAAACAUGAUUGCUUGAUUUUGUCAGCCCUUGGCUGUGGUGCAUUUAGAAAUCCUCCCAAUCAUGUUUCAAAAUUAUUUCGCUCAGUUAUUGAACAAUAUGCAGGAUUUUUUCAAACAAUUAUCUUCUCCAUCAUUGAUGAUCAUAAUACUGGACAAAAACAUAAUCUACGUGGCAAUUUUAAAAUAUUUCAUGAUGAAUUACACGGUCUUAUUGUACGACCAAUGCUACCAUUUGCUCAACCAAAUACUAUCUGUGGGCCUUACCGAACUUCAUCAGAUGGUUCAAUGAUAUUUGAUGUUCGUAUUUUUGACUUACACCCUUGUCAAUUCGGUGCAAUAUGUAAUGAAUUUUAUGAUUCAAAACAUGUACAAAAUUAUUCACAUCCACCUUUAUGUAAACAAUGGUGUUUAACGGGUACUUGUACACAAAUGAAUGAAAUUGUUCAUAUGUUUUCAUUCAUUCAUCGAUAUCCAUGUAGAUAUGGUGCUCAAUGUAAAGAUAUUAAUAAUGAAAAACAUAUUCAAGAAUAUGAGCACCCAUUUUAUUGUUCUAAUGGAGGAUAUUGUCAAGAUACGAGUAGCGAUCAUGAAAAAGCCUAUCGGCAUUUACCUAUGUGUGAAGAUUCUCAAAGAUGUUUAAAAUAUCAAGAACAUAUUACAAAUCACAUUGAAAAGUUUCGUCAUUGUAUACCUAAUUGUGAAUAUGAAAAUAGUUGUGUUCAUCUUCAUGAGAGAGAACAUUAUGAAAAUUAUAAGCAUCCAUUUCCCUUCCCAUGUUUAAUUACACCAUAUCGUUGUCCAUUAUACCAACAAUUCACGAUGGCGAAAGAGAAACAACAUCUAUCAAGUGAAAUUCGUCAACAUUGCCUGAAUUUUACUCAUGUAUGUCCAUUAGGAAGAAAUUGCACCAAUAAUGAUCCUUCACAUUUGGAAACGUCCAUCCAUGUACUUGAAGAUGGAGAAUUAUCGAAUAAAGAAAGAUUUAGAUUUUUAUUUGAUCCGUAA